AUGCCCAGCCGAUCGUCGUCCAGCAUGAUGGAGCCGUCGCUGCUGCAGUGCCACCACGAUCUGCAGCUGCAGGGCCCGCGCCCGGCACCGCUCAAGGUCAGCACCAGCACGACGGGCACGGAAACGGUCGUCAAGAAGCGGCGGCUGCACCACCAUCAGGCGCCUCCGCGGCAGCCGGUGAUCAUCUACGUGGAGUCGCCGAGAGUCGUGCACGCGCACCCGGCCGAGUUCAAGUCCGUCGUGCAGCGCCUCACCGGCGCACCGGCGCCGGCACCACCAUCGCCGCCGACGAUGGUGUACUCAGCGUCCGCUCCGCCACCGCUGCAGCUGCAGUUCCCGUUCCAGUUUCCGUUGGUGGGAGCAGGCAGCGCCGGCGCCCUGCUGCCGCUGACGAGUAGCAUCGUAUCGGCGACGGUUGCUGAUGCUAGUGGCUCAUCAUCAUCAGUCCUGGAAAAUCUCUCUAGCCAUCCAUUUCUACUGCCGCUGCCGUCGUCGUCGUCGUCGUCCUCUCUUGCUGCUGCGUGUUAUCAUCAACACCACGCCGGCGGUGAUCUCUUCAUCGCCCACCACCAGUAA